UGCAACAACACAAUGAUUUUUCUUUGUCUGACUACAAGUGAGCCAUCUCCACUUUAACCAACCACAAGUGAGCCCACCCAUUUAGCUCUCUCACACCUCUCUCUGUCUCGCAAGUUUAUUACUCUUUGAAGUUACAUCCUCUCACAACGUCUUGGGGACAUUUCCACACAGAAACAUCUUUCAGUGAGCAUCGUCGGUAUGUCCACGGCUGUAUAUCCCUCUGUGUAUGUGGUGGACACCCAUGCCAAUCGCCCUCCAGUGCCACCCAGGCUGAGCCAGAAAGCACAGCGAGCCAGGCCAGUGCAGACCCUGCUGAUCCUGCUGGUGAGCUUGGCCUUGUUCGGCAUGGCCAUAGAAGCUUGCUUCAUCUAUCAUCUCUAUCAACCUGCCGGAUCUGACACCUCAGCAUCGUCCUCUAUGCUCAUUGGAGGUAAAGACGUUAGCUCUACUACUGAUAUUCCCAGUCUUGUUAUUCCUCCUUCCAAACCGGUUGCACAUCUGACAGAUGGAUCAGAUGUAGUCCAUGGAAAGACUAUCAUGGCAUGGAGCAUGGAGGCAGACCCUCUCCUCCAUGAAAUGGACUACAAAAACCAGAGUCUAAUCAUUCAGAAGGAGGGGUAUUACUAUGUCUAUUCCAAGGUUUCCUUCUUAGACACUGAUUUUUUUAACCAUUCUAUUCAUCGGAAAACCGAACGGUAUGUUGGGAAAAGCAUUCCUCUCCUGUUGUCCAAAAAACACACUGACAAGCCCAGGAAAAAUCGAUCCAACAGUUAUCUCGGUGGAGUGUUUCACCUAACAGAAAAUGACGGCAUUUAUGUAGAAGUGAGUGAUACCACAAAUAUUGUGAAACACAAACCCAUUGAGAAUGUCUUCGGUGCAUAUAUGAUAUAAAUACCACACUGAUAUCUCACCAUGAAUCUGAACUCUUGAAAAACAGUUAACACAGGGAUAAUGAUUCAUAAGGUAAAAGUAGGUUGGUAAAGAGAAAGAUUUGUAAACCUUUCUGAGCCUCUUUGAGUAAUAUGUGGGGUCAUGACUGUGCUGGUUUCCUUGCUGGGGGUUGAAGCUGUUUUAUUUUUAAACAUGAUUCACAAUUAUUUUCUUAUCAGGGAUUUUUUAUAUGCUUAUGUUAUGCUUAUUUUAUAUUACUUUAUUUCAAAUGGUAUCGUCUGAAUGUUACCAAAUGACUUGGAUGUCAUAGGUACAAAAGAAAAAAGUGUUACUGAUCUUACUUUUGCUUAAUAGAAAUGUACUGUAUGUGUCAAGUUAAUGCUGAAACUAAACACAUAGAAACUGUCUACUUUCUGUAACGCAUACUGCACAUUAUUUAUUUAUCCCUUCAGUGGUGAUAUGAAUGACAUCAUUUCUGCUGUAUAUACCUAUGUCAAAUAAUGUAUACGACAUUUUAAAAUAAAAAGAUAAUGAUUUAAAA